AUGAUCGAAUUCAAAGAAGAGGUGACGGCUGAACAAGUGGAAGAUGUAUACAACCGGUGGUCGUCCCUCAAGGGUCUUUGCGUGCGCUCAGAUUCUCAAAAGCCAUAUAUCACAAAACAAAUGGCAGGAAGAAAUAUCAGUCUCGAAAAGCUAACAGGAGGAUUUACUCAUAUCUUCAUCGAGGAAUUCAAGAACGAACAGGAUCGAAACUAUUAUCUGAAGAAAGAUCCUGCACAUAGGGACUUUGGGAAGAUUGUGGAGCCCCUGGUGAAAUCGGCGCAGUCAGUUCAAAACGAUGAUGACAUCUACUUCGAUAACAAGUCGUGGUAUGGCUCUCGUUGCCGUACAUUGUCAGAACCUGCGGACGCCGAUUACUUUUAA